AGUUAGAUGCACAACUAAAUUUAGCCUUCAGCCACAUCCCCAUCAACCAAAAGAAAAAACUCCUUAACCAAAUGAACCACCUUGAUAGUUGAUACAUGUCAUGCCCACAAAUAGACAGCCCAGAGAAACUCAUGCUACCCUCCUUCCAUAACAAUCUACACCCAUUUUUUCCUUAUAUAAGCAACUUAACCUUAAAUUCUUUCUUCUUAAUAUCUUCCUAAACCCACUUCUCUUUUAGUAAUUUUUUUGUUCCUUGUCUCAACUCUGAAGAAUUCAAGAAAAGAGUGUUAUUGUGUAGAUAAACUAGCCAGACAAAAAAACACAAUGGCGGGACAAUCAAGAAAAUGGCUGAUACUUGUGGCAACAACAUGGAUACAAGCAUUUACAGGGACAAACUUCGACUUCUCAUCUUACUCCUCUGAUCUCAAAACAGUGCUUGAGAUAACUCAGGUUCAGCUAAACUACUUGUCUGUUGCUUCUGAUAUGGGAAAGGCAUUUGGGUGGUGUUCUGGUGUGUCUCUUAAGUAUUUACCAUUGUGGGUUGUCAUGUUCAUCGCUGCAAUUAUGGGACUCUUUGGUUAUGGCCUCCAAUGGCUUGUCAUUCAGAGAAUCAUCACUUUGCCUUAUUUCCUGGUAUUUCUUCUAUCCUUGAUGGCUGGGUGUGGCAUUUGUUGGUUCAACACUGUUUGCUACGUAUUGUGCAUACGAAAUUUCCCAGUCAACAGGUCACUAGCACUGUCCCUCACCAUCAGUUUCAAUGGUGUAACUGCAGCCAUAUACACCCUCAUUGCCAAUGCAAUAAAACCCAAUGAUGACACCAUUUACCUCUUCCUAAAUGCACUAGUUCCUCUCUUCACAUCAGGCAUAGCACUCGUCCCUAUCCUUUGCCAACCCCCUCUCCAAUCACUCACCACCGAAGCCAUUCGCCGUGACUCCUUCAUUUUCCUUUGCCUCAACAUUCUAGCAGUCUUCACUGGCCUAUAUCUCCUCCUACUCAAUUCUUUAUCUUCUAAUGUAUCAAUGGCUCGCAUUCUUCUCGGAGGGGCUCUUGGUCUUCUAGUCCUUCCCUUGUGUUUGCCUGGAAUUGUGUGUGCACGUGAGUGGGCACGUCGGAACAUCUACCCUACCUUUUGUUUUGAUAACUCAAGCUUCAAUUUGAUUGACCCUGAUGAUCUUGAGCUUCAUAUAGAACUCAUUGGAAGUGAGAGCAAUGGCACGAAUGGCAAUUCUUAUACUGCAAUAGACAAAUGUGGGUGUUUUGGGAAGGUGAUGGAGAAAGAUAGGUUAAUUGUGCUUGGAGAAGAGCACCCGGCUAGGUUGUUGGUGCAGCGGUGGGAUUUCUGGCUAUAUUAUCUCGCAUAUUUCUGUGGAGGAACAUUAGGGCUGGUCUAUAGCAACAACCUAGGGCAGAUUUCCCAAUCACUUGGAUACAGUUCAAUGACUAGUUCUCUUGUCACCCUCUACUCCACAAGUUCCUUCUUUGGCCGUUUGCUCUCAGCUGCCCCAGAUUUCCUUCGCAACAAGGUGUAUUUUGCAAGGACUGGGUGGCUUGCAGUGGCAUUAGUGCCAACACCAAUUGCCUUCUUUUUGCUGGCUUCAUCAGGCAGUGAGGCAGUAUUGCGUGCAGGCACAGGCUUGAUAGGGCUGAGCUCUGGGUUUGUGUUUUCAGCAGCUGUGUCAGUCACAUCAGAGCUAUUUGGUCCAAACAGUGCCGGGGUCAACCACAACAUCCUUAUCACCAACAUACCCAUAGGCUCACUCCUCUAUGGCCUUCUUGCAGCCCUGGUUUAUGAUUCCAAUGCAGGGGGCUCAGCCCUGUCAAGAUUCUUGGGUGAAACAAUGGUAUGCAUGGGUAGGAAAUGCUACUUGCAAACAUUUAUAUGGUGGGGUUGCAUUUCCUUGUUUGGUGUAGUUUCAAGUUUCUUGCUUUUUCUAAGGACCAAGCUCGCUUACAAACACUUUGAAAGGAACAGGACUAGAACAUAACUCUGCUCUUAGCACUGAAGUUCCUUUUUUGAGUGCUAAGUUUUGAGAUGAAUAUAGAGUUUAAAGUGAUACAAAUAGUGAUAGAAUCAGAUAGAAAUUAUAACUAGAAACCUAUUUAGCGUGCUAUAAAGGAACAGGGUAUAAAUUAAAGAAGCCCAAAAAAGAAAAACUCAGAUAUUGCUACAGAUAUCUGGAUUGUACAGAUGAUCACUCCUUAAUCAUGUUUCAUAUUUUAUCUCUUGUUUGGUUGACAGUGGAAUUGUGGAUGUUAGCAAUGUAAGCCAAGCCAACUAGUAAACUCGCACAUGCCUACUUGUAGAGCUGAUUUGUACAUGCAUUCAAUAAAAACAGUUCUGAUGGCAUUGUGUUGGUAACA